AUGAAUCCGUUCAAAGGUAUUCCUGGUGGACGCAGCAAGCGCAAGUCCAAGUCGGCAAAGGUUGAAGUCAAACAGGAACCGGUGAUUAAGGAGGAGCCCACCAACGACGGUGACGAUGUCAUAAACAUACCACAACCGAGAGUUGAGGAAAGAUAUCGUGCGAAUUACGAAGGGCCGUUCGAUUUUGGGUAUGAAUUCAAUGUGGUAAAGGAUGAAAUCAAAUGUGAAGAAGAAGAAGAAGCGGGCAAAGAAAAAGAUUCGGUACCAUACGAACGAGCGAAUGAUAAUGCUGCCACCAGAGAUGAUGGCAACGAAGAGUCUAUGGAUGACGCAAUUGAUGUGCAACAACCGAAAUCAGUUGGCAGCGGGAAGAAACGAAAUAAAGCAUCGAAAAACCAGAGCAAACGAACCAUUCCCAGGAAUCAAGCGGCCAAAAAGCAAAAGAAGCACAAAUGCCAUGUUUGCAAUCAUUUGUCAAGUGACAAGUCUAAGCUCAAAGUACACUUGCGAAUUCACACUGGAGAAAAGCCGUUUCAGUGUGACGUUUGCUCGAAGUCCUUUGCACAUAAAAGAAUCCUGAACCGUCAUAAGAAAACGCAUGGCUCAAAGCCGCAGUUUCGUUGUUUAAAAUGUUAUCAAAGAUUUGAACAAGAAUCAGACAAGAUCGAUCAUGAAAGGCUAUGUAGUCCCCAGCAAUUCGAAUGCGAUAUUUGCGGAUAUAGAACGAUCAACAAAUCACAUUUGAUAAGACAUAUGCGGACCCACACCGGGGAAAAACCGUUCGUGUGCUCAAUUUGUUUCAAGUCGUUAAGGAGCAACGCACAUCUUCUAAGUCAUUCGAUGACUCACAAAUUGGAACUACCGAAUGCUUGUGCGAAAUGUGGUCGACGAUUUGCCACUCCGGACGAUAAGCAAUCACACGAAACGCGCUGCCAACGAAGUCCGUUUGCAUGUAAUCAAUGUCAUUACAAAACUUUUAGGAACCAUCAUUUGAAGCUGCAUAUGCAAGGAAAACACGGAGCCAAAAGAUCGAUUGAAUGUGAAAUUUGCAACAAGAAGUUUGUCAAACAGAUUACAUUAAAACAGCAUUUGUCAUUAGCACACAGUGACCAGUUCCCAUUCCAAUGCACGAAGUGCUUCGGGGGAUACGUAACCGAAGAUUCAAAAAUUGCCCAUGAAGAUGUAUGUGGCCACCGUCAGUAUCAAUGCCAUUUGUGCAAAGAGUAUCGUCGAGACAAACAAAAACUGACGAUUCACAUGCGGAAAGAUCACACCGGUGUGUGGGUUCAAUGCGAAGUGUGUGCAGCAAGCUUUUCCGAUGAAAGUAGUACCAAUCGACACAUGAAAGCAGUUCACUUCUUGAAGAAGAAAUAA